AUGGACACCGAAAUUGCCCGCAAGACCUUCGAAUUUUCCAACAACAUUAUCACAGUUGAUCCCGCUCAAGAUCAAAUAUACCGGUAUAAUAAUGACGAGCAAGUACUGAUAAAUCAAGAGAAACCUUGGACCAAAGACGUUCAUUAUUUUACCAAAGUCAAAAUUUCGGCAGUUGCACUAAUAAAAAUGGUGAUGCAUGCCCGUUCGGGUGGGAGUAUUGAAGUGAUGGGUCUUAUGCAAGGAAAAAUUGAUGGUAAUACGAUAAUCAUUAUGGAUGCUUUCGCGUUGCCGGUUGAAGGAACUGAGACAAGAGUGAAUGCUCAGGCUGAAGCUUACGAAUACAUGGUUCAAUAUCUGACCACUAUCAGACAGGUAGGAAGGCUUGAGAAUGUUGUGGGAUGGUAUCAUAGUCAUCCGGGUUAUGGAUGCUGGCUCUCUGGGAUUGACGUCAAUACUCAAAUGACAAAUCAACAAUUCCAAGAUCCUUUUGUUGCUGUAGUUAUUGAUCCCAAUCGAACAGUAUCUGCCGGAAAAGUUGAAAUUGGUGCGUUCCGAACCUACCCAGCGGGGCAUAAAGUGCCUGACGAUGGUCCUUCUGAAUAUCAAACCAUUCCUCUGAGUAAAAUCGAGGAUUUUGGCGUUCACUGCAAACAAUAUUAUCAACUCGAGAUAUCACAUUUCAAGUCUACUCUUGACACGCAUUUACUGGAGUUACUUUGGCACAAGUAUUGGGUCAACACAUUAUCACAAUCACCGUUGAUCACGAAUCGGGAUUAUUCUGCAGAACAAAUCGCAGAUCUGGCAGAAAAAUUAGAUCAGGCUGAAACAGAGUUGCAACAAAAUGGUAGAGUAUCUGGCUUUGGGGGAAUGGGAGGAAGUCGCGGUGCCACUACACCUUCGCAAACUGUCGCAGCCUCAUCAUCAACUGCAGCGACCACCAAUAGUGCCAGCACCACUUCAUCCCCGGCGCCUGAGAAGAAAAGGAUAGAGGAAAGUCCACUCAGCAAGGUUACCAAGGAUAGCACAAAGAUCACCGUUGAAGCAUGUCAUGGUUUGAUCUCCCAAGUACUUAAGAAUGUCCUUUUUAAUAAACCACUUUCUAUUGCAGAACAAAAGAAAGUAGAAGUUGUGGAGCCGCCGAGCGAAUAA